CUCUACGUACGCGUAUGAUCUCACACCACUUUCCAUACCUAAUCCCUUCAGUUGAAAAUUUUUUGUCUCCUCUCAUUGAAAACGCAAUUCCUGGCGCAAAUUGUUUGUUGGGAUUAUUAUAUGCCGAGCUCUGUACAUGUGAAAAAGGAGGGCAAAAGGGCGUGCGCAGCAAAUAGGCAAUAAUUCAGUCUUGGAGUUGGAGUGUGAGUGUUGCUGGAGUUUCGAUUCAGAGGAAAAGCAAGGGCCAGACAGUUUGAGAAUUCAUGCAGGAACCAUUUCUAAUGUCAGACAUGGAAGCCCCCCGCCCGAAAACAUUUCGGGACAAACUUGAUGCUUUGAGGGCUAUGGCUUGGGAUGCAUAUAAAAGCAAGCCGAUUUCCCAUUGGAUUCUUUUGACUCUAAGCAGUUUGGCAAUGCUUGUGGCGUUCCCCGCCUCGUCCCUUCUGUCGCGUGUUUAUUACUCCAACGGUGGGACGAGCAAGUGGAUCAUCUCUUGGGUGGCGGUAGCCGGAUGGCCAAUUCCUGCAUUGGUUUUAAUUCCUAUGUACUCUAUUUUGGGAAUAUUCCCGACUCCUCUGAACUUAAAACUUGUUCUAUCUUAUGUUGCUUUGGGUUUCUUAAGUGCUGCUGACAACCUCAUGUACGCGUAUGGAUAUGCAUAUCUUCCAGCGUCUACUGCUUCUCUAUUGGGAUCGACAUCCCUGGUAUUUACUGCGUUCUUUGGAUAUCUUCUGGUCAAGAAUAAGAUCAACGCUUCAACCAUAAACGCCACGUUUGUCAUUACUGCUGCAAUGGCUAUCAUUGCGCUGGAUUCAGAUUCUGACAGAUAUGGAAAUGUUACAGAGAGUCAAUACAUAAUGGGGUUUAUAUGGAACAUAUUGGGAUCUUUGCUGCACGGCCUCAUAUUUGCUCUAUCAGAGUUGGUUUUUAUAAAAUUUCUGGGAAGAAGAUCGUUCCAUGUAGUUCUUGAGCAGCAAGUGAUGGUUUCUCUAUUCGGUUUUCUGUUCACAACCAUUGGCCUCAUAGUGAGCAAAGACUAUGAACUGAUGGCCUCCGAGGCGAAAACUUUCAAAGGUGGUAGAAGUUCGUAUCUCUCGGUUCUGAUUUGGGGAGUCGUUUCUUUUCAAGUGGGGAUUCUGGGAGGCACCGCCGUGCUGUUUUUAGCAUCGACUGUGCUAGCCGGCGUCCUCAAUUCUGUAAGGGUACCCCUCACAAGCAUUGCAGCCAUUAUACUUCUGCAUGAUCCGAUGAGUGGUUUCAAGAUCCUGUCUCUGAUCAUCACCUUCUGGGGAUUCGCUUCUUACAUAUAUGGGAAUUACCCUCAGAGUGAAGAUUCAUCAUGAUCAUCGGCAAGUAUCCUAUCAUCGUCCCUACAUCUGUUCACGAUACACUUCUGAGCUUCUCCAGUAGAAUAUGCUACUUGUUGAAUUACAUACAGAUUAGAUGUAUGCAUAUAAUUUGCUCCACACUUCACAGUUAAAAUAUGAGCCAUUUGGAACAAAGAAAUUCUGCAAGUGAGAUGUACAAAGUUGGAGCCAAAGAAAUUGAUUUGUGUUCUUAUUAGUUUUGUGCAGUUGUUGUGGAUUAGCAUGUUUGUGAUGUUACUCUAUGCUCAAUAUGAUCUUCAUGUGUUAAGUGGUGCUAAAUCAAUAGUAUGUGUAGCGGGUUCUUCUUGAGAAAGCGUUUUUUUUGUAUUGGAUAAUGUUAGUUUUUG